AUGGCGACUGAGGCUGUCAUCGAGGCGGCCAGCGGCGGCUCGUCGCCAAACACAAGCGACAGGACCAUCGGUGUCAAGCGAGCGUCGAUGGCGGGCGACGGCGGCGACGGCCCUGCGCACAAGGUGACCAAGCGCCGGGCUGCGCGGGCCUGCGUGUCGUGCCGAGCGCGCAAGGUGCGCUGCGACGUGGUCGAGGGAGCGCCGUGCGGAAACUGCCGUUGGGACAAUGUCGAGUGCAUCGUGCAAGAGAGCCGUCGGCGAAAGAAGAAUCUUAUUACGGCAAGUGCCGCCGGCGGCGGGUCAGCCGAGGCACAGCAGCAGCAACAGCGGCAACAGCAUCAGCAGCAUCAGCAACAGCAGCAGCAGCAACAGCAGUUGCGAUGCAGAGUGACGUCUUCGACAACGGCGACGAACCCAUCAUCAUACAAAGCCGCGACUGCCACUGGAGGAGGCAGCAACAGCAGCAGCAAUAGCAACAGCAACAGCAACAACAACAACAGCAGCGGCGACAGCAGCUACGGCUUCGGCCACGGCAGCACCAACGGCACGGGCAACAAUGGCCCCGUCCCAUCGCCGACGACGGCCGCCGCCUUGGCCGGCGACUCCAACGGCCACGUUCCGCACAUGAUUUAUCAACGCACCGUCGGCUAUCGUCAUGACCCUGGCCUGUUCCCUCGGGCCCUCUCGGCCGACAACACCAACGCCUGGAACCCCAGCCUCGCCAACCCUGCCGACCUCUUUGGCAGCGGCCGCACCGCCCAGUUCCUCAGCUCCCUCGAGUUCCCCGAUGCCGGCGCCCAGCUGCCGGGCUUCAUCCGCCCUCUGCCCGCCAAGAUCGCCCCCGAGGACGUCCGCUACCUCUAUGCCAAGGGCGCCCUGACCCUGCCUGGCGUUGCGCUGCAAAACGCCCUGUUGCAGGUUUACGUCGAAUAUGUCCACCCCUACAUGCCGCUCAUGGACCUCCACGACUUCCUCGGCGUCGUCGCCCGCCGUGACGGCCUCGAUGGCCAGACCAGCCUCUUCCUCUACCAGGCCGUCAUGUUCUCGGCCACGGCUUUUGUCGACAUCAAGUACCUGCGCGAGGCCGGCUAUGUCUCGCGCAAGGCUGCCAGGAAGGCAUUUUUCCAAAAGACCAGGCUGCUCUACGACUUUGACUACGAGUCGGAUCGCCUCGUCCUCGUCCAGGGGCUCAUGCUCAUGACGUACUGGUACGAGACGCCCGACGAUCAAAAGGACACCUGGCACUGGAUGGGCGUUGCCAUCUCGCUCGCCCACACCAUUGGCCUGCACCGCAACCCCGAGACGACGUCCAUGUCAGUCCCCAAGCAGCGGCUGUGGAAGCGCAUCUGGUGGUCAUGCUUCAUGCGCGACCGCCUCAUCGCCCUCGGCAUGCGCCGCCCCACGCGCAUCAAGGACGAGGACUUUGACGUGCCCAUGCUUGUCGAGAGCGACUUUGAGAUCCAGGCGCUGCCCAACUCCAACUCGGUCAUCCCGGCCGAAUGCACCCUCAUGCGAGACGUGGCCAUGCAGCGCGAGCUGGCCGUCUUGUGCAUCACAAAGGCCCGGCUGUGCAUCUGCAUCAGCCACAUGCUCAUGGCCCAGUACUCGGUCCUCAUCCGCGACAAGAUGAAGCCCGAGAACACGACAAACAGCACCAUGAUGCUCUUCCCCAACAAGCAGCCCGACAACGUCGAGGGCCUCCACGCCGUCAACCUCGAGCUCUGCGCCUGGGCCGAGUCCCUGCCGGCCUGCUGCCAGUACCGGCCGCUCACCCCCCUCGACGUCAAGGACGGCCGCUCCACCAUUGCCGUCCAGCGCACCCUGCUGCACAUGGUCUACCACACGACCGUCUCGGCCCUCCACCGGCCACAGUUUCUGCCCUCGUCGCCCCUGCAGGCCCCCAUUACGUCGCGCCAGGCCCAGGACAUGUCGCGCCUGCGGGUCCGCGACGCCGCGUCGCAGAUUACCUGCAUGGCGACGCAGCUGCACCACCUACGGCUGGAGCGCUUCCUGCCGACCACGGGCGUCACCGUUAUCCUGCCGGCCAUGAUCAUCCACCUGCUCGAGAUGAAGAACCCGGUGCCGCAGGAACGGGAGCGAGCGACGCGUGGCUUUCGGCAGUGCAUGCGCGUCAUGGAGAAGCUGCGCGAAAUUUACGCCGCCGCCGACUACGCCUCGGGCUUCCUCGAUGCGGCCCUGAGAAAGGCGGCCAUUGACAUCAACACGGGCCAGUCGACGCUCGCCAUGAUGAAGCAGGCGGCGCCGGCCGAGUUCAGCGUGCAGACGCCGCCGCCGGACAACGUGCCGUACAUGACGGCGUCGGAGUCGCUCUUUAACGAGAAGCUGAAGCAGCCGGCCAGGCAGGCGAUGCUGCCGCCCAAGACAGUCAACGCGGCGGCGCUGGAGCUGUCGGCCAACUCGCCGCCGCACACCGACUUUGACUCGGCGGGAGUGACGCCGAGCGCCAGCGGCGGGUCUGACGUGGUGGCGGCCGAGAUGGACACGAUGGACCUCGACUUCAUGCAGGGCCACGACGAGUUUGACUGGAACGCGGUGGCGGGCACCGACUUUGACGUGGACCAGUGGCUGCAGUUCCCGCCCGAGGGCGUCAACGAAGCCGGCUUCGGGCUUGAGGGCGACGAGGCCGAGAGCAAGGCCAUGGCGCAGGUGCUCAACCUCGAGCAGCUUGCCGGCGACGAAGUGAUGCUACCGGCGGAGCCGGGCAAUGCAGGCGUCGGGGCGACGGCGCAGGCCUGA